UUGAAACAUACGUCCAGUGUGCUGUCUCGAGUGCCCGUGAAGUAUUCGCGUCUGAAUUCACAUCGUCAUGGCGGAUCUCAGCCGAGUGUACCGUUUCCGCGACAUCCCCAUCAAAGGCGUCAACUGGCGACCGACACACUUUGUCGACGAAGUGCCCGAUUCCUGCUUGUGUGGACUGUGCCACAUGAUUCCGAAGAGAACCGUGUGCUUGCCAUGUGAGCAUCGUCUAUGCGAUUGGUGCCACGCAUUCAAAUCCGCCGGCCGCGGCCGCGUUCGUUGUCCGUUUCAUGAAGAGGAGUUCGAAGUAGGGCAAUGUCGCAGUGACGAUCUGCCCUUCAGAACAGCAAAGGCCUUCCAGGUUUAUUGCUGGAACGAAGCCCAAGGAUGUGAGUUCAAGGGCGCCUUGAAAGACAUGCUUCUACACUACGAGAACGAUUGCACAUUCAGCUCGGUUGAAGAUUCGCAAUGCGGCGAAGCAGUACUGAACAAAGACGUCGAACCUCACCAGGUCGCUGGAUGUAGUAAAAGUGUUUCUCCAGCAUGCACACAGAGCACAGUGUCGAAAUUUGAAGCACUGACACUCGAAGACGUGGAGAGUGUAGAAGGGAAGACGCCCUUGAGCGACUCGAACCACGACAAGGUGAUUCCCGCCUGUCCAAGUUGUGAGAACGGGCCGACAAAAGUAUGCAACAAGGAAUCCAGGGUCGCCGUAGUCACAGAUGAGGUUGGACCAUCUGUACUUCUAGACACUGUUCAGCACUCCAGUACGGCUUCCACGACUGCCUCCCAGGAACCGGCUUCCCGGCAAAAUCCAGCGAAAGAAGCCAGCAUGUGAAAAUCGACCCCAUUCUGCUCCCAGUAAAUGUUGACGAAUCAAGGGCCUCAAAUUUUUCCUAACAUUUAUCGUCACCUUCUGGCGAGAAUCCAGAAAACGUCCACGGAAGAUUUACUGCUCCAUUUUAUCGGCUAUUUCGACCUACUUCUAACGGUACGAGUCCUUUAACAUUGACGAAGUCGCUGUCUACCACGUAUGCAUGGAAAGUGUUAGGCGGGGCGAUGCCUUUCGUCACUUUCGAAAGCUGUUCAUCUGUACUGCCGAAAAGUGACAGUAUUUCGUCGCGUCACAGAGUUGCACACGAAGGACGCCAGCCGUUCACGCUCCAACUUUGCUCCAUUUUGUAACGUCUGUUGGCCCAUGGACUAGGUGUUACCAUAGAUACUACUAGAGUUCUGUUGGGGGUGCUCAGUGUUUGUUGCCUUCGUUUGGCGUCUCUGUGCGCAACGGGGGAAUGAAAAGAAACACUUCGGUGCUGACGUGGAUAUCAGCCUUCCGUAUGCCAUGACGCCGCAGCUACAAAACUACAUUUUGUUAGCGUAUUCAAAAUACCGCCUGCUGUAACGCCUUGGUUUCCAUCGUAACAGCAUGGGCGACCUUUAAGUACUCGUUUCGCAAGAAGACAUGCAUGACUACUUCUCGAGCUGCUAGACCAUCUUAAUAGUCCAAAGUUUUAGGUGAUGCUUUUUCUUUUAUGUAUCAGACGCUGCUUUCGUGCGAAUAAAAAAAAAAGAAAUGAAUUCAGGUCUUCGGAGCACACCGUAAUAAGUUUCAUUACAUCUUCUUGGCGCACUUCACAAGUGCGCCCUAAGGUGCGUACUUUCUAUAGUUUAUUUUUUGUUUCUUUGUGUGCUGUUCACCGGCGAGACAUUUUAGAGCUGAAGUAGCUCACAGUGUGUAGGUAGCCUUCGCUGCCGCACUGCCGGCUUGCCCUCUCCUUUGGACCGGUGAAUACGACACGCUAAGCAACGAUACGCAGUACUCUAUGGCUGCCAAAGCAGAUAUUCCCGAGGCCGCUGUCUCAAUGCAGUCGUCUUUCGCGAUGUGCAACUUGACUUUUCGAACUAUUACGCUAUCGUGCUCGUGAGUAGUUGGUACAGUUAGGUCAUCAGUUUUCGGUGUAUAUAGCAAGUACACUAUUCCACCAAUAAAACAUCCUUGCCUUCUCAA